AUGGCAGAUGGAGCACAGGCCAACCACAAAGGGUUCAGGAAGAAGGUGCUGGCUAGACACCCAAGCCCUGCGACCUCUUCGCCUCUGAGAGCCACCAGGACCAGCAUGGGCAUGAAGAAGUUCCUCGCCAUCAGCAUUCUGGCCAGCAGCGUUCUGUCCGCUGCCGACGGCAGCCUGCUCAAUCUCAAGGCCAUGGUGGAAUGCAUCACAGGCAGAAAUGCCAUCCUGUCCUUCGUGGGCUAUGGCUGCUACUGUGGGCUGGGUGGCCGCGGGCAGCCCAUGGAUGAGGUGGACUGGUGCUGCCAUGCCCAUGACUGCUGCUACCAGAAGGUCUUUGACCAGGGCUGCCGUCCCUACGUGGACCAUUAUGACUACACAAUCGAGAACGGCACGGAGAUCGUCUGCAGUGAGCUCAACGAGACAGAGUGUGACAAGCAGACGUGCGAGUGUGACAGGAGCGUGGUUAUGUGCCUGCAGAAGCAGACCUACAGGGAUCAGUACCGUGGCUACCUCAACAUCUACUGCCAAGGCCCCACGCCCAACUGCAGCAUCUAUGACCCACCCCCUGAGGAGAUGGCCUGCGGGCCAGGCUACCUGCCGGCUCCAGCCUCUUUCUAG